AUGGAUGAGAGAAAGCAAAGAAGAGACUUGUCUGAGGAGAUCAGAAACAAACAAAAAUAUAGACAAGCAUCCAACAUCACUGGAUGCAAUCACCAUGAAGGAUCAGACAAAAUGAAGAAUAAGGCCCUGCUCAAGUCUUUGUUUUCCUCUGCUGGUGCUGCUCUUCAUCCCAUUCGUCUGACAAAGGCAUGUCCACUUUCACAAAGGAGCCUUCAGGGGCCAUGGAAGGUGAAAAGACUAGACAUGAGCUUAAUCCCAGGAAUAUGUAAAUCUGGAGAUUUGGUGAUUGGAGGUGUGUUCCCUAUUCGACGUUCUAGCAGUUAUAAUACUAUGUUCAACUCAAAUCCAGCUUCGCAAACAUGUGAUAAUAGCUUUGAUUUUAGGAGUUUCCGUUGGAUCAGAGCAAUGGUUUAUGCAGUACAAGAGAUUAAUGAUAACAUACAGCUACUCCCUAACAUAUCGGUUGGCUAUGCAAUCUAUGACACUUGUGACAGCAUGGCUGAGGCUGUAAGACAGAUGUUCGCUCUGAUUUCUGGUCCUCUAGCUGAAGCAAUCCUCAGUAACAAGCAGGAGUUCUCUUCCUUCUUUCGGACCAUUCCAAGUGACACUUUCCAAACCACAGCCUUGGCUGCCAUAGUAGAACACUUUGGCUGGAAGUGGGUGGGCACUUUAGCUGAAGACAAUGACUAUGGGCACCUGGGAGUUCAGCUUUUCACUGAACAGGUAGCGAGGCUCGGGGUCUGCAUUGCGUUUUCAGAGACCAUUCCACUGGUGUUUUCCAGGACAAAAUACUUGCAGAUUGCUAACAUCAUAAAACAGUCCUCAGCAAAGGUUAUCAUUGUGUUCUCUGGAGAUACCAACUUGUUACCAUUGGUUUGGGAAAUAGCCAAACAAAAUAUUCUAGGCAGAACAUGGUUAGCAAGCGAAGGCUGGAGUACAUCGGCAUUUGUAAUACAAAAAGAGCAUAGCAGGUUUUUUAGUGGAACAAUGGGACUUGCAAUACCCAUAUGUAGCAUUUCAGGCCUGAAAGAGUUUCUGUUCCUGCUGAAUCCAUUGAAGGAACCUGAAGAUAUCACAAAGUCAUUUUGGGAGCACUCGUUUGGGUGCUCCUGGCCUGAUCAUUUUAAUACAAAGAGCAAUGCAACUACUUGCACAGGCAAUGAAGAUCUGUCAUCAGUGAGAAACGCGUACACAGAUGUCUCACAACUGAGGAUCACCUGUAAUGUGUACAAUGCAGUAUAUGCCAUUGCUCAUGCUAUCGCCAGCUUGUUGUCUCAUGGAAAGGAGCCCUCCACAGGUGUGCACCACCUACAGCCCUGGCAGGUGGUAAAAGCAUUGAAAACUGUCAAUUUCACUGACUGUGAUGGAAACCAGCGUUACUUUGACCAAGCUGGCAAUCCAGUGGCAAAGUAUGACGUGCUAAACUGGCAGAUGGGGGCAGAUGGCUCUCUUACAUAUAAGAAGGUGGGGAGCUAUGAUGAGAGCACAUCCAUGGGGCGCCAGCUAGUGAUCAAUGAACAGUUUAACGUAUGGAACGGAGAGGUGUCACAGCUUCAUCUUGUCACUGAUAAUAACUGUAUGAGAAGCUUUUCUCAUGUUCUAGAUAAAACGUUUUAUCUUAAGAUAAAGUGUUUUAUCUUAAAAAACAGCAGGAUGUUCCAUCUACUAGUUGCUUUAUUCAUAUGUCUACAGGACCAUCUUUAUGUCCAGGGCCAAGAGUGCAGACUGAUUGGGAAAUUUGACCUCCAUGGAUUUGUAGAAUCUAAGAACCAUGAACUGAUAAUUGGAGGAAUGUUUCCUUUUCACUUCAGGACCAUACUGAAUAAUGACUCUGACACGGAGGAGCCAAAAUCACCGAAAUGUGAGGGGUUCAACUUCCGGGCUUUACGCUGGACUCGAGCCAUGAUGUUUGCUAUUGAUGAAAUAAAUAAGCGGAAGGACAUUCUUCCAGACAUAACCCUGGGUUACCAGAUUUUUGAUACAUGCUUCACUAUUUCCAAAUCAGUGGAAGCCACCUUAUCAUUUCUUACAGGACAGAAUGAAACCCACCCAAACUUCCGAUGCAGUGCCGGUGCACCACUGGCUGCUGUAAUUGGGGCUGGAGGAUCAGCCUUAUCUAUUGCCACAGCUAGAAUAUUGGGAUUGUACUAUUUCCCACAGGUGGGUUAUGCCUCUUCUUGCUCUGUACUCAGUGAUAAGUUCCAGUUUCCAUCCUUUCUGCGCACUAUACCCAGUGACUUAGCCCAGUCCAAAGGAUUUGCCGAUUUAGUCACCUAUUUUGGAUGGACAUGGGUGGGAACAAUAGCUGCGGACGAUGACUACGGUAAAUACGGCAUAAAGGUUUUCAAAGAAGAGGUUGAAAAAAAUGGUGUAUGUAUUGCUUUUUCUGAAACGCUCCCACGGAUCUAUAACAAUGACACUAUAGAUAAUAUUGUGAAAGUAAUACGUGGAUCAUCAGCCAAUGUCAUUGUCAUCUUUUCCUCGGACAUUGAUCUUAGUCCAUUGAUGGGAGCCCUGGCAGAAACUAAUAUCACUGGGAAAACCUAUAUAUCCAGUGAAGCCUGGACAACGUCAGCACUGAUAGCUAAACCACAGUAUUUCUCCUUUCUUGGGGGAACCAUUGGAUUUGCUGUUCGAAGAGCAGAAAUACCAGGGUUUGAAAAUUUCCUCCUUGAUAUACAUCCUGAACAUGGGACUGAUGACUUGGUCUACGAAUUCUGGGAGGAAGCCUUUAAUUGUACCUGGCUUACACAGAAAGCGUCUUUUUACACUAAUAUAAGUAUAGAAGCAAUAGUCGCAGGGCGGAAAAGAAAUAUUUCUCCAAACCCCUGUACUGGGAGAGAGAACCUUAAAAGUAUUCAAAAUACAUACAGUGAUGUGUCAGAGCUGCGCAUCACCUACAGUGUGUACAAGGCUAUUUACACCAUCGCCAAUGCGCUCCAUGAUUUAGAUAAAUGUGUUCGUGGCUCUGGGCCCUUUCCAGGGCAGGCAUGUGCAAAUUUACUUGAUUUUGAACCAUGGCAACUAAUGUACUAUUUGAAGAGUACUCGGUUCUCUGUUUUCACAAAUGAAUCUCUGAAGUUUGAUGACUCAGGAGAUGUAGAUGGCUAUUAUGACAUCUUAAACUGGCAGUGGUACACCAACGCGUCCCUAUCCUUUGUCAAAAUCGGACAUUAUAAAUCAAAUGGAGGUGGAGCCAGUUUUGAGCUCAAGAUAGACAAUAGUUCAAUAUUUUGGAACACCCCAAAUGGACUGCCUCCAACCUCUGUUUGCAGUGUCAGCUGUAUUCCGGGUGCAAGGAAAGGCAUCAGACAAGGAGAACCGGUGUGCUGCUUUGACUGCAUUCCUUGUGCAGAUGGAGAAAUUACUAAUGAAACAGAUGCGAGAGAAUGCAUAGCGUGCCCCUCUGACUUUUGGUCUAAUACAUACAGGAAUGAGUGCGUGCUGAAAGAAGUGGAAUUCUUGGCCACAGAUGAGGCUCUGGGAAUAACUCUGAUAUUCCUGGCUGUCUUUGGUGCCUCGCUGGUUAUUGUCUUCACAAUUAUCUACAUACUGUACAGGGAAACAGCUUUAGUUAAGGCAAAUGACCGCAGCUUGAGUUUUCUAAUACAGAUAUCGCUGGUAUGUACUUUCAUGACAUCAAUUCUUUUUGUUGGGAAACCAGAACCAUGGUCCUGUAUGGCCCGACAAACUACCCUCGCCUUGGGGUUUUCUCUGUGUCUUUCCUGUAUACUUGGCAAGACCAUUGUGUUGAUGUUAUCAAAGAGAGCUGCUAAAUCAAAGAUGUCUGAUAAAACCAAAAGGAUAGUCAUGAAACCUUUGUAUCAAAAAAUUGUUGCAGUGGUUGGCCUAACAAUAGAAGUUGGGAUAUGUACAACCUAUCUGAUUUUGAAGCCUCCUUGGGUUUACAAGAACAUGGAGUCCCAAAAUAUCAAGAUAAUUCUGGAGUGUAAUGAGGGUUCCAUUGAACUCUUGUGCUCUAUGUUUGGGUUUGACGUCUUCUUGGCCAUACUGUGCUUUAUAACUGCCUUUGUAGCCCGCAAACUGCCGGACAAUUUCAAUGAGGCUAAAUUUAUCACUUUCGGCAUGCUGGUCUUCUUCAUUGUUUGGAUAUCUUUUGUUCCAGCUUACUUGAGCACAAGAGGGAAAUUUAAGGUAGCUGUUGAAAUAUUUGCCAUCUUGGCAUCAAGUUUCGGUUUACUUGGUUGUAUUUAUGUUCCUAAAGGAUAUAUAAUUCUAAUAAAGCCAGAGAGAAACACAGAAGAAAUAGUUGGUGGCAAAGCUGCCACUAAUGAUAAAAGUGCCCCAGCAACCUCAGCCUCUAUUACUAGCGAGAUUAACAGUACAACAAUAUCCACGGUUGUGCUUGAUGAUUGA